CUCCUCCCCGCCCUCGAGUGCCACGCAGACAAAUCGCUUCCGGCGGGGAGCUGGACCGGAUUGCGAAGGAGGCAGCUCCUGGAUCUUGCCGGAUCUUGCCUGAAGUGUGAUGGCUGGCAAAACCGGGCCAGAACAUCUCUUCAACCCAGCCACUGAGAUGGAGGCCGCCGGAACUGUGCUGGGCACCAAGAUUAACAUCCCAGCACUCUUACCCCAAGGCCCUGCCAAGGAGUGGCUGGACCAACGCCGUGCCACCAUCCGGCCCUGGGCCAAUUUCGUUGACCAGCGGCGUUUUGGGAAACCUCGAAACUUCGGGGAACUGUGCAAGCGGCUUGUACGCAAUGUGGAAUAUUUCCAGAGCAACUACGUCUUUGUCUUCCUGGGACUCAUCAUCUAUUGCCUCAUCACAUCUCCACUCCUCCUAAUUGCACUUGCUGUCUUCUUCGGGGCCUGUUACAUCAUCUACCUGAAGACCCAGCAGUCACAACUUGUUGUCUUUGGGCGGGAGCUCAGCACAGCCCAUCAAUACGGCCUGGCUGGAGGCGUCUCCUUUCCCUUCUUCUGGCUGGCGGGAGCUGGCUCAGCCGUCUUCUGGGUGCUGGGUGCCACUUUGGUAGUUAUCAGCUCCCACGCGGCCUUCCAUGAACUGGAAUCGGGCGAAACCGAUGAGCUGCAGAUGGAGCCUGUGUGAAGAGCCCGGAGACCUUCACCUGUCCUCCUUCUCUCCAGGGGGUCACCAUGUCUUCUUUGUCCCUGUGUCACUGUUACACUAUCCAUUGUAUAUACUGCUUCUAUUUCAUUCAAUUUCUCUGUGCCAUUUCCUUCUCUGGGGGCUCCCUCCCAAGCCUUUAAAACCCUCAGUCACCCCUCCCUCCUUUUCAGGCUGCUCCCUGUUCUUAGCAGACCUUCCCUUCCCUGAAUUCCUAGCUCUCCUCUGAGACAUGCUGUAACGCUGUGCUCAGGGCUUUCCUUCUCCCCUCUUCCCCCAACAAUCAACCCUCAAAGGAUUCUCGCAGGCCUCUUUUCUUCAGCCUCCUUUUAUCAGUAACAUUAAAGAAACAAAAGUGGAGCAUCCUUCGAGCGUAUAAUUUGUACUGCCCAAGAGGUCACAGUAGCACAUGAGGAUACAGUAACUGAAACGCUUGAUAAUGUACAAACAGCCACUCUGCCAUUGACAUGUGUCCAGGGUCGUUGGCUUACUCUGUAGCGACCAGCAGCAAUCUUUCAGAAAUAAAACCUCACAGACCCGGUGCAUUGCUGCUGUGUUUGCCUGCUGGGGAUAGAGAACGUUUUUAUCGGAAA